UCGAAGCUGUGUCCUUCAGCGACUUUGAGACAGAACAUACCAUACAGUACAUAUGCCACUUGGCGAUUUCUCGAUAUAUUAUACCCACACGCACCUACUUCUCCUUCUAACUUCUCUUGGUUUCUCCAUCGACAAAUUCGAAAACCCAUCUCCAAUUCCGGUCCACGAAUGGCAGCGAAGAUUGUCCAAAAUGUUUUUGUAUCACAAUGCUACCAACAGAAUAGGCAGUCCAGCACCCACAGUCGAAGGGACUAUUUUGCCCCUUAUUACACCUUGCUUCCCUCCCGAGAAGGGAAGUUGGCAUGGAGUGGCAUCUCUUCCAUGCAAUUGCGUACAUUGACAAAACAUCAGAGUGAUUUUAUUACCCAGACAAAUAUUCACUGCAAUGCUUCUGCCUAUACUUCUGCAGUGCCAUUUCUAGACAAAGUUGAUUUUCUAAAGCUUCAAAAUGGAAGUGACAUACGUGGUGUGGCUAUUGAUGGCAUUGAGGGAGAACCAGUUAACCUCACUGAACCUGUUGCUGAAGCAAUAGGAGCAGCCUUUGCUGGAUGGUUAGUGGAGAAAAAGAAAGCAGAUCCCUCUAAGCACUGGAGAGUUUCUGUUGGCCAUGAUUCCCGAAUAUCUGCAAAAUCCUUACAGAAUGCGAUCUGUCGAGGUCUGGUUGGCGCUGGCCUAGAAGUUGUCCAGUAUGGGUUAGCAUCUACACCAGCCAUGUUUAAUAGCACUCUCACGAAGGAUGAGGCAGUUUUUGGUCCUGUUGAUGGAUCCAUUAUGAUAACAGCAAGUCAUCUGCCUUUCAACAGGAAUGGAUUUAAAUUUUUCACAAAUGCUGGUGGGCUUGGGAAGGCUGACAUUAGAGACAUCUUAGAACGAGCUGCAGACAUAUACAAACAAUUUACAGAGGAGAGUUUGAUGAAUACGGAUAGAAAAGCUUCAAAAUCCAUUAAGAAAGCUGAUUACAUGGCAGUGUAUGCAUCUGAUUUGGUGAAGGCAGUUCGUAAAGCGGCUGGAAAUAUAGAGAAGCCAUUGGAGGGAUUCCACAUUGUUGUGGAUGCAGGCAAUGGAGCAGGAGGAUUUUUCACGGCAAAAGUUCUGGAACCGCUGGGUGCAAUUACUACAGGAAGUCAAUUUUUGGAGCCAGAUGGCAUGUUUCCAAAUCAUAUCCCUAAUCCAGAAGAUAAGACAGCAAUGAAAGCUAUAACACAGGCAGUUCUAGAUAACAAAGCUGAUCUUGGAAUUAUCUUUGAUACUGAUGUUGACAGAUCUGCUGCUGUGGACUCCUUUGGCCGGGAAAUCAACCGGAAUCGCUUGAUUGCUUUAAUGUCAGCUAUUGUUCUGGAGGAACAUCCUGGAACAACAAUUGUCACAGACAGUGUGACUUCUGAUGGCCUCACCUCAUUUAUUGAGAAGAAACUUGGUGGGAAACACCAUCGGUUCAAGAGGGGCUACAAAAAUGUGAUUGAUGAAGCUAUUCGACUGAAUUCGGUUGGUGAGGAGUCACAUCUGGCAAUUGAAACCAGUGGACAUGGAGCUCUCAAGGAGAAUCACUGGCUUGAUGACGGUGCAUACCUAAUGGUCAAGAUCUUAAACAAACUUGCCUCAGCAAGAGCUUCAGGAAGGGGUGGAGGAAGCAAGGUUUUGACUGAUUUAAUAGAAGGACUCCAGGAACCAGCUUUCGCUGUGGAACUGAGACUAAAGAUCAACCAAAAUCAUCCAGAUCUGAAGGGAGGAUCUUUUCGGGAUUAUGGAGAAGCUGUGCUGAAGCACUUGGAAAACUCAAUUAACGCAGAUCCAAAGCUACAAAAGGCACCCGUAAACUAUGAAGGGGUCCGAGUUUCCGGCUAUGGUGGAUGGUUCCUUCUCAGACUCUCCCUCCAUGAUCCUGUCCUUCCCCUUAAUAUUGAGGCACCAAGCCAUGAUGAUGCUGUAAAGCUUGGACUUGCUGUGGCUGCAGCUGUAAAGGAGUUUGCAGGCUUAGACACAUCUGCUCUGGACAAAUUUGCAGGAAUAUCAUAGUUUUGGCGCUUCAAUUCUUGCUAGACUUGUAAGUUUGGUGCUGGAAAUGUUUUUGCUUCUUGUAUACCUUCAUCGGCUGCAUUAUAUAUACUCAACAGGGGAUCUUUGGUCCUCAUAUCAGCUUGAACUGUGAGUGAAUGAGAAGGUAGAGAGAGCAUUUGGAGGAAUCUCAUCUUGACACUGAUGCAAUGUUUAGUUGGUGGAAAAUUGUUUUCUAGGAAGAAAAUGAGAAAUUUAUCUAUCCCAGAUAUUUCUCUCAUUUAUUUUAUAAAAAGCACUUUUCCAGUUACCAGACAUGCUAUUAGGGUUAUCCAGCGUACGCACAGUGGUCCAAACCUAAUAGUAAUCUUAGAGGUGGAUGAUGGAAUUUUACUGAAUUCAGUUUUAAUUUCAUUUUGUAUGGCCACCAUGGUGCCCUCUUUUUUGCCCCUCCUUUGUUGUAGUUUGGAAUGUUCUCGGAUUUGUUUAACAUGAAUUUUAGAACAUUUAAAAGUUAAGUUGUUCGGUGGGAUAUUAUUUAAUCUAAUGAAAUGAAUUGUGCUCGUUUUGCUAAAAA